GUGCGCAUGCCCACAAGUGACGGUUCCGUCCACUUCCUUGUCUUCCAGAAGGAGCGUGGUGAAGAUGGCGGCGGAAAAGUCGAUGCCGAGUGAUCUCUAUAAAUGCGUUUAUUCGUUUCUGCUCGAGAACAAGUUCACCAAAGCGGCUCAGCAGUUUCUGAAACAGACUAAAGUGACUCCACAAGAUGAAAAUGAGGAAACCCUCGUCAACAUCUACAACUUCUGGGUGAAGUCUCCUGAAGCCAGAAAACGAAAAGUGUCUCCUAACGAGGCUGAAGGUACAAACGGCCCAUCAGCCAAGAAAGCAAAAACCAGUACAGAGAGCUCCAGCAGCGAAGAGUCAAGCAGCGAGGAUGAAGAGGCUGUUACAAAACCAACUAAGGCAGCCCCUGCAGUCAAGGUGGUGCCUGCUAAAGCAGCAGCAGCAGCUCCUAAAGCUGCAUCCAGCAGCAGUGAAGACUCCAGUGACUCAGAGGAGGAGAAGGCCCCUACUAAGGCUCCUGCAAAGGCCCCUGUGAAGUCGCCGGCUGCACCUGCUGCUGGGAGGAAGAAAGACAGCAGCUCUAGCAGUGAAGAGUCUGAUUCUGAGGACGAGCAGCCGGCCAAAGCAUCUGCAAAAGCCAAGGCUGGUGCUGUCACAACACCCAAAACAGCUGUUCCUGCCAAAGGUGCAGCUCAGAAAAAGCAAGAGAGCAGCAGUAGUGAAGAUAGCUCCUCAGAUUCUGAAGACGAAGAACCAGCCAAGGCUCCAGCCAAACCAGCUCCAGCCAAAGCUCCCCCAGUAAAGACGGCUGCAGCUGCUGCUGAAUCAAGCAGCGAAGACUCAUCUGAAGAUGAGGCUCCUCCCAGCAAAAAACCCAAAGCAGGAGCGUACAGCGCAGUCCCACCUCCUGCAUCAGUCCAGAAAGCUCCACCUGCACCAGCAGCCAGCAAGGCCCAGGACAGCGAGUCCUCAGACAGCAGUGAUGAGGAGGAAGAGAAGAAAGUAGCUGCAAAACCUGCAGCGGCAAAAACUGCUGUCGCCAAACCUGCUGCAAAGAAGCAGGAGUCCAGCUCUGAAAGCUCAGAUUCAAGCUCAGAUGAAGAGGAGGCAAAGAAGCCUGCGGUCAAAGCCGCCCCGGUCAAAGCUGCACCAGCCAAGGCUGCACCUGCUAAAGAGGAAGAUUCAGACUCAUCAAGUUCAGAUGACGAAGAGGAGGCAAAGAAACCUGCAGCGAAGGUAAAUCCUGCCAAGGCUGCUCCAGCUAAACCUGCUGCCGCUAAAGCCACAGCUGCUAAAGAAGACUCCUCAGAGGAGGACUCCAGUUCAGAAGAAGAAGAGGAGAAGACGACAAAGAAGCCCGCGGCUAAGCCUGCACCUGCUAAGACUGCCCCAGCUAAAAAAGACGAGUCCUCGAGCUCAGAAAGCAGCUCUGAAGAUGAUGCUCCAGCAAAACCUGCCGCUAAAACUGCCCCACCAAAGCCUGCCGCUGCUCCUAAACGCCCAGCUAAGGCAGCAGAGAGCAGCUCGGAUUCAGAGGACUCCUCUGAGGACGAGGAAGAACAAGUUAAAGCCAAACCUGCGGCUAAACCAGCUACCCCGGCUUCAAAGCCUGCUACCCCCGCAGCAAAGCCUCCUGCAGCGAAGCCUCCUGCAGCAGCAGAGAGCAGCUCAGACUCUGACUCAUCCGAGGAUGAGGAGGAACCAGCUAAGGCUAAGCCUACAGCAGCUAAACCAGCCACACCAGCUGCAAAGCCCACUACUCCUGCAGCAAAGCCUGCUGCUGCAGCAGAGAGCAGCUCAGACUCUGACUCGUCUUCUGAAGACGAAGAACCAGCAGUCAAGGCUAAACCUGCUGCAGCUAAGCCAGCUAAGCCAGCCUCAAAGCCUGCUACUCCUGCAGCAAAGCCUGCUGCUGCAGCAGAGAGCAGCUCAGACUCCGACUCGUCCUCUGAGGAUGAAGCAGUGAAAGCCAAGCCAGCAGCAGCUAAACCAGCAACCCUGGUCACAAAGCCUGCUGCCAAACCUGCUGCAAAGCCUGCUGCUGCAGCAGAGAGUAGCUCAGACUCCGACUCUUCUGAGGAUGAGGAAGAACCAGCGAAGGCUAAGCCAACAGCAGCAGCAAAACCAGCCACACCAGCUGCAAAGCCCACUACUCCUGUUGCAAAGCUUGCUGCUGCAGCAGAGAGCAGCUUAGACUCUGACUCAUCUUCUGAAGACGAAGAACCAGCAGUCAAGGCUAAAGCUGCUGCAGCUAAACCAGCUAAGCCAGCCUCAAAGCCUGCUACUCCUGCAGCAAAGCCUGCUGCUGCAGCAGAGAGCAGCUCGGACUCUGACUCGUCCUCUGAGGAUGACGACGAACCAGUGAAAGCCAAGCCAGCAGCAGCAGCAGCUAAAGCAGCUACACCAGUUACAAAGCCUGCCGCAAAGGCUGCGGCAGCAGCAGACAGCAGCUCUGACUCGGACAGCUCAGACUCUGAGAGUGAGGCAGCCAAACCUGCAGUCAAGAAACAAGCAGCAGCAGUGACCCCUGCUGGCACACCCACAGCCAAAAAGGCAGCUGCAGCUUCAACAAAGAAGGCUGAGAGCAGCUCCGAGUCUUCAGACAGCUCUGACUCAGAGACCGAAACAAAGUCCACUCCUGCAAAGCCUGCGGUCACCAAUGGCAAAGCAGCAACACCCAAAGCAGCAACACCCAAAGCAGCGGCAGCCAAGACUCCAGCAGAGUCGUCAUCCAGCGACAGCAGCUCCGACGAGGAAGAGGCCAGUAAAAGCAAACCUGCUACACCUGCCGCAACGCCCAAGGUGACCCCAGCAGCUAAAGCUAAAGAGAGCAGCAGCUCGUCAGACAGUUCAUCAGAUGAGGAGGAAGCACCAAAAAAAGCAGCCACAGCGCCCACCACCCCUGUCACAAACGGCACAAUCAGAAAGAGAAAAAGAGAUGAGGAGUCGUCAGAAAGUGAAGAGGAAGAGGCAGCAGAUAAGACACCGAAAAACAAGAAAGCAGUUAAGACGCCACAGACAUUUCCUAAAGCCAAUAAGAAGUCCUCCAACAUACCGUUCCGUAGAAUAAGAGAGGAGGAAGUAGCAGUGGAUCCCCGUCUUGCAGAUAACUCUUUUGAGGCGAAGUUCGGAGCCGAGGGGGACUGGGGCCAGAAAGCCAACGACGUGCUCAAGUUCACAAAAGGUAAAUCAUUCCGCCACGAAAAGACGAAGAAGAAGAGGGGAAGCUACCGCGGCGGAGCCAUCUCCACCACAAUCAACUCUAUUAAGUUUGACAGUGACUGAGGACAUUCCCUCUCUGGUCCCUCCCUCCUGAACUUUACUGCACCUGUGUGAUCAGGACUACCGGUUGUCUGCAUCCUCCCCCUGUAAACAGUUUCUCUAUCACCACGACUCAGCAGCAGCAGCACGCUGACAGAGGAAUUUGACCCAUAGAGCUGAGCUGGCACGUUUUAGUUAGCUGCCCUUAGUUUGUAAUGGAGAGCAUUCGUUUGAUCUGUGAUCUGAAGCAGCAGUUUGUGACGCUGUGGCAGCAGGAGAGAGAUGUUCCCAAACUGCGAAAGGUUGACAUCCAUUACCACUUAUAGCCACUAGGUGGCUGCAGGUCACCUGUUAAUGGUAAAACGCCAAUGUGUAUUAGGCCCCCUUUUUCUUGGUCUUUUUUUACUUGUGCUCUACUCUCAAAUGACAAAGGUGUCGUCAUUUCUUUCUAAUCCUUUUUCCCUCAUUUAUCUAUGUAUGUAUGGCAACCAUCCAUCCCUGCAGGGUCUUUAUAAUGCAUUAAAAAGGCUGAUUCUUUUUUUUUCUUUUUAUGCAUAACAUGGAUUCUUCAAGUCUGUUUGGUUUGUCGAUUUUUAUUUGGCCACAAUUAAAAGUGGGGAGGGUGUGUACUCUGUUUUUUUCUCUUUACAUUACAUAAACAUCUGGAGGGUAGAACUGAGUUUUAUACUGUGUAUUUAUUAAGUUUUAUUCCAUAUCAAUGUUUAGGACCUCAGAUGGGUUAUUUUUGUCCUGCGAUCCUGAAGCCAUCUUGCUUUAAUAAAAUCAUUGUUUCUUCUGCUGUGAGGAUAGCCCUGUCACACCCUAAUGCUCAUUAGUGGUGUUGAAUUUAUUAAUCACCAAUAGAACUAAGAGCCAUGUUUGUUUCAGUUGUUUGAAUUUACUGUACAAACUUUGUUAUUUUGUAUUAAUUCUUGUCACUGUAAUUAAAGGCCUAAAAGAUUAAAUGUGGGUGUGAUGAA